AUGGGCAAAGUCACACAUAUUGUCCAACUCCAGUUCAAGAGUGAUGUCGGCCAGUCCACCAUACAGAACACCAUCACCACCAUGCUUUCGCUGAAGGACAAGUGCCUCCAACGCGAGACAGGAAAGCCGUAUAUUGUUUCCAGUACAGGAGGGAAAGAGUGUUCUGUAGAGGGAAUGCAGAACGGUAUUACGCAUGUCUUCGUCGUCGAGUUCGCAUCUGCCGAGGACCGUGACUACUACGCAAAGGAAGACCCGGUGCAUCUUGCUUUCGGUGCAAGUCUGGGUUCGAUCGUCGCACAGGUGCAAGUGGUGGACAUCGAAAACGGGGUCUACUGA